AUGAGUGGAGAUCUUGACAGUACUGAGGGCGGCUCUUCUCUAGCAAAUGAUUCUCAAACGACGAAAAGACUUCGAAUGUCUCUUGAAGCCACCCAUGAUAGCACUCCGAGAACAACAACGCGCGAAGACGGAUCAAGCUCUGAAGAAGAAGAAGACGAUGAUGAUGUAGACAACGGCGCCGACAUACCCAACUCCCCGCCCCAAACGCAGUACGAAAUAAUGCGUGACGCUGGCUUCAAACAUCUUCAAAAUACAGACAAAGAUGAUUUUCAAGCUACGCAGAAACUUAGACGGCGCCCGACAAACGUUGUUCAGAACAUGGCUGCGGAAAGUGGUAUUAUCGAGAGCAUUACUUGUUAUAACUUCAUGUGCCACGAGCGAUUACAUGUGGAGCUUGGCCCCCUGAUCAACUUCAUUGUUGGUGAAAACGGCAGCGGCAAGAGCGCAGUUCUGACGGCACUGACUCUCUGCCUUGGAGGCAAGGCGAGCGACACUAAUAGAGGCGGAAGCUUGAAGUCAUUUGUGAAGGAAGGUCAAGAUCAUGGCAGCCUUGUUGUCAAAAUAAAGAAUGCUGGGUCGGAUGCCUACCAGCCUGAUAUAUACGGGGACUCUAUUCUUGUUGAGCGUCACUUUUCCAAGUCUGGAAGCAGUGGUUUCAAGAUAAAAAAUGAGCAAGGCCGUAUUAUAUCUACCAAGAAGCAAGAAGUGGACGAGAUAUCCGAAUGGUAUGCCCUACAGAUGGGAAACCCACUAACUGUUCUUUCCCAAGAUAACGCCAGACAAUUUCUCAACUCUGCUACCCCGGCUCAGAAAUACAAAUAUUUUGUCUCUGGUGUCCAGUUAGAACAACUUGAUAACGACUACAAAAUGUCACAAGAUACACUGGACAGAACAAUCAUUCUGAGAGACGAUUUGAGCGAGAAGAUUGCCCACGUUAAGAAGGAGAUGGAGGACGCUCAAAGACUAGCAGAGACUGUGCAAAGGAAUAACACCCUACGAGAAAGGGCUCGACACUAUCGCAAUCAACUCGUCUGGUCACAGGUUGUUGAAAGAGAACAAGAACUCGAACUCCAAAAUGCUGAGUUGGAAACACGGAAGCAAAAGAUCAUCCAGUUGGAAAAGAACUGUGACGAGUUGUCAAGAGCACUGGAUGAGAUCACGGAGAAACUUGAGCGUGCAGAGGCAACACGGAACGGACUGAAUGAAGAAUACAGGGCGAUUGGGGAAUCCAUUGCGUCUGCAGAGGGCAUUUACACUGGAGCGAAAAAAGACUUGACGGAGCUGCACCUUGAAGAACGAGACGCGUUUGCAAGGCUGAAGGCGGUCAAAGCUGACAUUGAAACAUACGAGACAAGGAUUCGGGAAGAGGAAGCAAAACUCGUUGCGUCGUCCGGGUUUGCUAGGGUUGAAAAGGAAGCGGAGCAUAAGAGAGCACAAGCCCGUGAGGCAGAGCUGAAUGACCAGAUUGAGGACUGCACUCAACAACUUCCUAGCUUGCAAUCCAAGAUUGCAGAAAUUGAGCAUGCCGUGAAGAGACAUCAGCAGCUUAAAGAGCAAAAGCGCAAGGACAUUGUGGCUGCGGAACAAGGGGUGAGGGAGCUUGAGAAGAGUACGGGAUCCAUCUAUGAUGGGUUUGAUCGCGAUAUUAUACAGCUGGUGAAAGCUGUUGCAGCAGAUUCGGGUUUUGGCAGCAAGCCACUGGGACCUCUGGGCGCCCACAUCAAGUUGCUCAAGCCAGAAUGGUCUGGUAUUCUGGAGAAGACACUAGGUGACGCCCUCAAUGCUUUUGUCGUAAGGAGCAAAAGGGACCAAUCUCGCUUAUCAAGUUUAAUUCGUCAGUCUGGCAUGAAAAGGCCUCCACCAGUGUACAUUGCGUACGGAGGUCGGAUUGACACCGCAUCUCAAGAACCUGCAGACGAAUACGACACAAUUUUGCGCGUGUUGGAAUUCGACGAUGAACUUGUUCGGUCACAGUUAAUCAUUAAUCAUCAAAUCGAAAAAGUCAUUCUCAUAAAGGAUCGAGUUCAGGCUGAGGCCGUCAUGAUUGACAGUGGUCCCCCCCGGAACGUCGCUGCCUGCAUAUGCUUCCACGAUGGAAAAGGAAAAAGGGGACAAGGUUUGCGAAUCACCAAUCGAGCUGGCACAAUAGGGACCGCUCCAACGAUCCCAUCGGGCAUGAGACCACGGAUGCAAUCCGAUGCUGCUCGGCAACUAGCUAUGCAAAAGGACAAUUUAAAGCAACUUGGACUUGAGCUUAGAGACCUGAUGGCAGAGGAAGGACAAGCACUACAAGCUUUACAAAAGGCUAAGCAGGAACUGGAGAAGCAUAAAAAGAAUAUGAAGGCGCUUGAAAACGACCUUCGUCGGACUCAGGCUGAUAUAGAGAAAGCGGCAGAAGAGUUGGACACCUUUGAAGGUGUGGACGACCGUCUAGAUUUGCUACGGUCUGAGCUUAGUGCCAAGCGUACAGAGGAAACUCAACUUGGCAAUCAAUAUGGGAGUCUCAAACUAUCAAAGCGAGAACUCGGCGCCAAAGCCGAGGAAGCAAAAAAGAAGCUCGAUGCGGCAAGGGACGAGCAGAAAGACUUUCAAAAUCGUGUCAGUAAAUCAGACACGAAGAUUCAAAGCUAUAAUUCGAUGAGGAGAAUAACUGUAUCUAAAAAAAACCACGAGUUCGAACAAGUCGAUAUGGGGCGCGCUGCGCUGAACCGAGCGGAGUCGAAACGUGAUGAAAAGGCUGAACAAGUUCAGGAUUUCAUUCGACAAGCUGAGGAGGUAGCGCCCGGUCGUGUACACAUCCCGGAUGGCGAGGACCACCAAAGUAUCGAGAAAAAGUACGAAAAAAUCGGUGAACAGCUUGCACAGCGCGAGGCCCGGAUCGGAGCGACCGAUCAGGAAAUAUACGAUCGAGCCAACGAAGCCAGCAUAAAAUACGAGAGUGUUUUGAGACAGACACAAGAUGUGGAUGAAACGAUAAUGUUGAUGAAACGCGCCAUUGAGCACCGACUUCACCUAUGGCGCCAGUUCCAAAGACAAAUCAGCGCUCGCAUACGAAUCCAGUUCAACUAUCUCCUCAGUGAACGUGGGUUUCGAGGUAAAAUAGACCUCGAUCAUCGGGGGCGAAAAGUCACUAUUCACAUUGAGCCAGAUGAAACCAAGAAAAGCUCCGCAGGCCGAAAUACCAAGACUCUAUCUGGCGGCGAAAAGUCUUUCUCUUCCAUUUGCAUGCUCUUGUCAGUCUGGGAGGCGAUUGGCUCCCCUAUCCGGUGCCUGGACGAAUUCGAUGUUUUCAUGGACAACGUAAACAGAGCUAUAAGUACCAACAUGCUGGUGAGUUAUUUGAUCUCUCUCUUGGGUUUCCCCCGAGGUCCAGGAACAUGA